ACUUAUCAUUUCAGCCCAUCCGCAGCGCAACCAGUUUGAGCUCCACGGUCGUCCUUGGAGCGCGCGGCUCUGCCACCACCACUCGCUGCCCUGCCACUCCCCCACCGGAGCUCUCUCCACCUCCUCCUCCUCUUCCUCCUACUCCGUGAAAUCUUCGUUAGUGUUGAGAGAGGUCGCAAUUCGUCGUCUGGAUGGCUUCGUUCCCGCUCGGAAGCUCGAGCUGCGGGGUCUCAUGCAAACAUGCUGCGAGUUCCGUCAUCGCUGCUUCAGCGCUGCCGACUCCUCUGCAACCAAACGGGAGAACCGUCAAAAACUUAGUCGGAGAAAGGAUAUCUCUGCGAAGCUCAAGAAGAGGAUCGAUGGGCGGGAUGGCGGAGAGAGUGAUAUUUACUGUUUCUAGAAUUAGAUGCUAUUCAGACGCUGGAAACAGCGCGGAGGAAUCCCCUGAUCAGGGAAAGAUACCUUUUGGGAACACCAGGAAGGACGUUUUGUUAAUCGGACUUGGUGUCACCGUUCUCGGCAUUGGCUUGAAGAGUGGUCUAGAGUUUGUUGGAGUUGAUCCACUACAGGCAGGGAAUGUUGUCCAGUUGUUGCUGGUAUUGGGUCUAACUCUGGGUUGGAUAUCGACCUAUAUAUUUAGAGUUUCAAACAAGGAAAUGACAUAUGCUCAACAAUUACGUGAUUAUGAGAAGAAAGUGAUGGAGAAGCGUCUAGAGAGUUUGUCCGAGGCAGAGCUCGAAGCAUUGCUGGAGCAAGUAGAGGAAGAGAAGAGGCGUCUAGCAAGUGGGGAGCAGGUUAAUUGAAUCCCUUUGUUGUAACAAUUCAGUUGCGUAUCAUUUGCGCCCCAAAGUGGAUCCAAACAUGUAUAUACAGAAUUUGUCUACAAUGUCAGCAAGGGACAGUUCAUGCAUAAAUACGAGGUAAACUUUAGCUCAUCA